ACUCUCUUCUUCCUAGUUCUGUAAACCACUAAUUUGGGGUCUUAUUAUUCAUCUGACCAAUUUGCGUACGUACUGUACUGUACUUCGUAUGCAUUAGCACGCAGUAGCUGCAUUAGAGAUUGCAGGGGAAUCACCGCCCCAAGUAGCUGCUGACACCUGCCUGCAGACACGACCCCCAAGCUAGUCAGUAGCGUGAAAGGCGCAGAGAGUAAAAGCCAACACUGCUGCCCUGGAAGCAAGGAUCGCAGGCGUUGGAUGUUGGAUGGCUGAUGCGGGCAUCAUGACUGCGCUGCAAGCCCCGCUUCACCAUGGAUUAUAAGCUCGCUGGAUGUCAUUCCGGAACCAACCCAAGGGAAUCAACCCAUUUGCUCACGUUGUUGUCUUGCGCUUCGCAGGGGGAAUUCCCGCCGUCUCAUUCUUCGCGCGAUCAUGUCUGCACAAUCAAGCAGCUAUCCUGCUGGAUGGCUGGAGGUUGAUCAUGGCAGUCGGGUCAUGGCGGCUGUCAGCUUUAUCCUGGUCUUCACCACGAUCCUGCUAGCCCUGAGGCUGUAUGCACGCAGCCUGACCACUGCUUCUCGUGGCUGGGACGAGUUCCUCCUCGUCCCCUCCUACCUUUGUCUGUUGGGCCUGCUCGUAUGCCUUUACCUCGACGUGAUCAAAGGAGGGCUCGGUCGCCAUGGCGCCGCCGUCGAACAGGAAGAUCCGCAGAAGCUCGUGACCUUCCUCGAGCUCCUCUACGUGCUGGACUGGUUCUACGUGCCCUCCAACGCCAUGUCGCGCAUCUCGGUCGUCGCGCUCUACCUCCGGAUCUUCACGCAACCCCUGUACCGGGCCGCCUGCUGGGGGGUGAUCGCCUUCCUGCUGGGAAACAUGAUCGCGACGAUCAUCGCCGCGCAGGUCGAAUGCUUCCCGCUGCAAUUCACCUGGGACAAGACCAUCCGCGGCGGCCACUGCUUCAACCAGAUCCUCUGGUACAACCUGACCAAUCUGCCCAACGUCAUCGGCGAUGUGCUGGUGAUGGCCUUACCAGUCCCCACGGUCUGGGGCCUGCAGGCGUCCUUCAGCCGCAAAGCCGGCAUUGCAACCGUCUUUCUGACGGGGAGUAUUGGAUUGAUCGCGUCCUGUAUGCGGACGAGUGUUUUCUUCUCCGAUUCGAAUCUGAUCGUCACCGAUCCCACCUACGCAGACGAAGCCUUCUCCUGGACCGCCGUCGAAUGCGGCAUGUACUUCUCGGCCGCGUGCCUGAUCGGCCUCCGGCCGGUCUUUGGCAAAUUGAUCCCGUGG